CCGGGGUGGGUCGUGGCGGCCCCGCGGAGCUCUGGCGGCCGGCUCGCACGGUGACCUUGCCCGCGGGGGGCGCGGGCAUCUCCUCUGCGCGGCCUCUCCCGCAGCCGCCACAAGCCUGGGCGGCCGCGCCCCCCGGUGCCUCCCCGGGCCGUGAGCGCGUUUGGGGCCCCGUCAGCCGCGUCCCGGAGAGGGGCCGGGCCGGGCCGGGCCGGCGGGACCUGCCAAGGACCUCCGGCCUCGCCCUCUCCCUGCAAACCUCCCCAAAACCCGCGGGGACGCCAGCCGCGCUCCCGAAUUGGAUCAAACCACCGGGAUUUCUGAGGAUUAGCCGAGCCAGCGAGCCUCCUGAGCGCUGUCCGCUCCCUCCCUCCCCAUCGCGGUGCCCACCGCUGCUCCUUCUGCGAGCUAAGGAAGAAUAGUUUUGCUUUUGGUAAAGUGUGCUAGUUGAAAACAUGUUGGCCACCAAGCUGUCCCGCCCUCUCUUGAACUUCUCUGUGAAAGCCCUGAAUUUCAAGGACCCAGGGAAUGGCUUCAGGCCCGUGCAGAGAUUUUCCUUCCCUCUCUUGUCCCCAUGUGGCAGCCGCUCUUAUGCAAAUGAAGUCGAUCAGAUUGGCAGCAGAGCUGUGCUUAUAACAGGCUGUGACUCAGGGUUUGGAUUUGCCUUGGCCAAGCACCUGCAUGACAAAGGUUUCAUUAUUUAUGCUGGCUGCCUACAAAAGGACAAGGGGGAGGGUGGCUCCAAGGAGCUGGAUGCCAUGAAGAGUGAUCGAAUGAGAACUGUCCAGCUCAACGUCUGUGACAGCAAAGAGAUGGACCGGGCAGUGGAGCAUGUGCAGAACAGCCUCGAGGACCCAGAGAAAGGGCUCUGGGGGCUGGUUAACAAUGCUGGGAUCUCCACAUUUGGGGAAGUUGAAUUCACCAGCAUGGACACCUACAUGGAGGUAGCUGAAGUGAACCUGUGGGGGACCGUGCGAACCACCAAGGCUUUCCUCCCACUCAUCCGGAGGUCUAAGGGUCGCGUGGUGAACAUCAGCAGCAUGAUGGGGCGGAUGGGCAGCCCGGCCCGCUCACCCUACUGCAUCACCAAGUUCGGCGUGGAAGCCUUCUCCGACUGCCUGCGCUACGAGAUGCAGCCCCAGGGCGUCAUGGUGAGCAUCGUGGAGCCCGGCAACUUCAUCGCCGGCACCAACCUGUACAGCCCCGAGCGCAUCAAAGCCAUCGCCGACAAGAUGUGGGACGAGCUCCCCGAGAUCGUGCGCAAGGACUACGGCAGGAAGUACUUCGACGAGCAGGUCAGCAAGAUGGAGUCGUACUGCAACAGCGGCUCCAGGGACACGUCGCCGGUCAUCGAGAGCGUGGCGCACGCGCUCACCUCCACGGCCCCCUACACCCGCUACCACCCCAUGGAUUACUACUGGUGGCUGCGCAUGCAGAUCAUGACCCACAUGCCCGCCGCCAUCGCUGACCGGCUCUACGUCUACUGAGGCCUCGCGCAGCUAUCCAGGUGGGAAAUUUGUUUGAAGAGAGCUUUGUACACACUUCCCAUUAGUCCUUUUUAAAUUUUUCUAACCUCAUUUCAGAGUACUGUAUUUUAGCUCUAAAGGGUUCAUUUAAAUAUCUGACAUAACCUAACAGGCAGUAAUUUGCAAGGGAUGUUUCAUAGGCAGGAAUAUGUUACGUUUGUGCGGGGACAAUGAUUUUUUUGCUAUUUAUUUCAUGUAAUCCUUUCUUUUUUUCACCUCAAAUAUGAAGCUGUAAUCAUUAUUUAAACUGCAAUUGCUCUGAAGCUUUUUCAGAAUAAUUUCUGCUGAUGGCCAAACACAAUCUUCACAGUUCCUGCCUAGGAUGCAGUCUCCACACCAUAAAACAGAAUCCCUCCAUGCUCUAAUGGCAAACCACUGCUUCCUCAUGACAAAGAAUGUCCAACUGACUUUUCCAGGCCUGGUCACAGUAGCCCAAGGCAGAGCAGAGACUUCUUUAACUUGGGGAUCAGAACUCAAAACGCUCAAGGUGCUGAAACUGAGCAACUGACCCCAUCCCUUACUCUCAUAGAAUUAUACUGAUGAAACCCUAGAGAAAAGGAACCAGUCUGCUUUUCUUGCAUGCUUUCUUGCAAAGGAGUUCAACGACCCAGGGACUCAACCUUGCAGACUUUCACCACGGGAGUUUCUUACUCAUAUGAGCAUUCCCAUAACUGUGAGCAGCUUUACGCACAGGACUGCAGGUGUCAGGAUUGGCCUGCAGUGACAUUUCCCUUCUCUUCACCAGUAUCUGAACAUGAACUCCAGAGUUAGCUUGGAGAGGAGCUUCCCUUGAGCUCCAUUGUGGAGGAGAUGGAGCAGAGAGGGUUAUAGUCACAUCAGUGAAUGCCCUUCUCUCCAGGGACCUCAGUUACAGCCAAGUAUUUGUACAGCAGCUUGCACAGAAGGGCCUUAACCCUGACCAGGCCUCCAGUACUGCAGCACAGGUGAUGAUAACAAUCAUAACUUCCAUUGAAGGAGUCACUGAGCUGAAAUACAUGCCACAUGACAUAGAUCUAUCACAACAUCCAUAACAAUAAUGUUAACUUUAGGAGCAGUCUCAUUUCCAUGAUGGUUGUUUACAUAUCUGAGAAAUAUUUGUUUUGUACUUUAAGAAAAGAAAAGGAAAAAAAAAAAGAGCCUUUAAUGAGGAAUUCAGAAAGAGGAAUUUUUUUUAAGCUUGAAAGACAAAAAAAAAGUAAUUAAUGACCAUUGUUAGUGAAGUCAAAAAGAAAAGAUUUCAUGUGCUCUAGUAACAUACUGUGACAUGAUCAAACUCCUUUGGCUUAAUAAAUGUAUACAUGAAUGAUAACAAAA